AUGGCCGACGCAGACGAGGGGUUUGGCCUGGCACACACACCUCUGGAGCCAGAGUCGAAGGACUUGCCCUGUGACUCGAAACCCGAGAGCACUCUAGGGGCCGCCAGCAAGUCCCCCUCGUCCCCGCAGGCCGCCUUCACCCAGCAGGGCAUGGAAGGAAUCAAGGUAUUUCUCCACGAACGAGAGCUGUGGCUGAAAUUCCACGAAGUGGGAACGGAAAUGAUCAUAACCAAGGCUGGAAGGCGGAUGUUUCCCAGCUAUAAAGUGAAGGUGACUGGCCUGAACCCCAAAACGAAGUACAUUCUCCUCAUGGACAUCGUUCCCGCCGAUGACCACAGAUACAAGUUCGCGGAUAAUAAAUGGUCUGUGACCGGCAAAGCGGAGCCUGCCAUGCCCGGCCGCCUCUAUGUACACCCGGACUCGCCCGCCACCGGGGCGCAUUGGAUGCGGCAGCUUGUCUCCUUCCAGAAACUCAAGCUCACCAACAACCACCUGGACCCGUUUGGGCACAUUAUUCUGAAUUCCAUGCACAAAUACCAGCCCAGACUACACAUCGUGAAAGCGGAUGAAAAUAAUGGAUUUGGCUCAAAAAACACAGCGUUCUGCACCCACGUCUUUCCUGAGACUGCGUUUAUAGCUGUAACGUCAUACCAGAACCACAAGAUCACCCAAUUAAAGAUCGAGAAUAAUCCCUUUGCCAAAGGAUUCCGGGGCAGCGAUGACAUGGAGUUACACAGAAUGUCACGAAUGCAGAGUAAAGAAUACCCUGUGGUUCCCAGGAGCACAGUGAGGCAAAAAGUGGCCUCCAACCAUAGUCCUUUCAGCAGCGAGUCCCGGGCUCUGUCCACCUCAUCCAACUUGGGGAGCCAGUAUCAGUGCGAGAAUGGCGUCUCCGGCACCUCCCAGGACCUUCUGCCCCCACCCAACCCAUACCCUUUGUCCCAGGAGCACAGCCAAAUUUACCAUUGCACCAAGAGAAAAGAUGAAGAAUGUUCCACCACAGAGCAUCCCUAUAAGAAGCCCUACAUGGAGACGUCGCCCAGUGACGAGGACCCCUUUUACCGCACCAGCUACCCCCAACAACAGGGCCUGGGCGCCUCCUACAGGACUGAGUCGGCCCAGCGGCAGGCCUGCAUGUACGCCAGCUCGGCACCGCCCAGCGAGCCGGUGCCCAGCCUGGAGGACAUCAGCUGCAACACAUGGCCAGGCAUGCCUUCCUACAGCAGCUGCACCGUCACCACGGUGCAGCCCAUGGACAGGCUGCCGUACCAGCACUUCUCCGCUCACUUCACCUCGGGGCCCCUGGUCCCCCGGCUGGCUGGCGUGGCCAACCACGGCUCCCCACAGCUCGGGGAGGGUAUGUUCCAGCACCAGACCUCCGUGGCCCACCAGCCUGUGGUCAGGCAGUGUGGGCCGCAGACUGGCCUCCAGUCCCCCGGCGGCCUUCAGCCUCCCGAGUUCCUCUACUCUCACAGCGUGCCGAGGACACUGUCCCCACACCAGUAUCACUCUGUGCACGGAGUUGGCAUGGUGCCAGAGUGGAGUGACAGCAGCUAGAGCGAGUCUUGCUCCACCACAGACAUUUGCCAGAGAAAGAGACAGAGACAGUAGCACGGAGAACCCCACG